AUGAGUGCGCCGCAAGGUUCCAAACAGCUUCUAUUGCACCAAGAGCUCUACCAGAGUCUUAAACCCAACCAAACACGAGUUCUGAGGAUCCAUCCGUCGACCGACGCUGAGUCUCAGAUAGAAUGCGACCUCGUCAUCGUGACGCUCGCGCAGAAGAUGGGCGCCACUUCUGCGGACGGCACUACCAUCAUCCCUUAUGAGGCCCUCUCUUACACUUGGGGCGGGCCCGGCGCACCGAAAUCCAUAACGCUCAAUUCCAUAUCCUAUCCCGUGUCAAAGAAUCUUCACGAUGCGCUCCGGCACAUUCGACUGCCCAACAAGGAGAGAUAUCUAUGGGCUGACGCGUGUUGCAUUAACCAGGAAGAUAUCGAAGAAAAAGAAAUCCAGGUCGCCAUGAUGUUCAAUAUUUACCUGAAGGCCUCUCAAACGGUCAUUUGGUUCGGAUUGCCUACACCGGAAGAUACGAAAGUCUUCAAACUGAUCGGGUCCAUCAACUCGAUGUCCGCAUAUGAACGCAGUGAAGCCUGUCGAGACCCCGAGACACGCGCCGCUGCGAGAAACUUUAUCGAGACGAAGCCGUGGUUUCAGCGGACAUGGGUCCGCCAGGAAGCGCACGCCUCGCGCAAAAUUGUACCUAUGUGCGGACCGCAUUCAUGCAGCUACAAGGCCUUUGAACGGACCAUGGACGAGUUGAUGCCAGACAUGGCAGACCCUCUGAACAGCUUCGACCCGCAUCGCGAUCCGUCCGAACCAGUUCAUAAAGCCAAGAUGAUUUACGCCCUGUUCAAGAGGGAUUGCGACACGUAUCAUUUUCCCGAGAAGCAAAUGGAGGACAUGUGGUUUCACCUGAUCAUGAGAAGCACGCUCUACGACUCGACUCUUCCUCACGAUAAAGUGUACGCCGUUCUGGGCAUCGUCGCCAAAAUGACCAAGCGCGGAGGACAAAGGUGGCACGUCGACGUCUUGGACUCGACCGAGACCUUUCCGGGAAUCGAUUACUCCAAGUCCGUCUCAAUUGUGUUUCAAGACUUCACCAAACACGCCAUCAACACUAGCGGCCACCUCGGUUGUCUCUCGAUUUUCCAGGACCGCGAAAAGGUCAUGGGUGGCGACGACAACCUACCGUCCUGGGCGAUUGAUCUCCGACGUAACGCUCCCCGGUUCAAAGUCCCGCUCGAGAUGUACAGUCUCAGCCGCUCGUUAAAAACUAGUCUCAUUGACCAAAACUACGACGACCACGGACGCCUCCGUUUGUGGGGCCGACGCUUGGGCACCGUUUCUUCCGUCGACUCUCCGUGGAAAGAUGGCCUGCAGCGGGAAGUGUCGUGGCGGUCUCGCAGCGGAGGUCUAGAGAGCUGCUUCUCCACAAACGACCGGUGGUUCCCCAAAGAGGGCAACAAGGGUAUGGAAGAGACGUUCAAGAUCCUAGAGAAGCUCUGCUCUUAUGUUUGGGUUGAGGUGGCACCGACUCCUAGAAGGCUGUACGCGGAGCUAUCUCGCGACGGCUUCGAGGAGUUUUCUGAGGAGAGGCACAGGUGUUUUGCUUUCGCAUCGCAUCAGGUGUGGGAAAGUGAUUUGAUUGUUCAUUUAUUCGGGGCCGAUGUGCCGUUCCUCCUUCGUUACGUUCAAGACAACGAAUACAUAUUUCUGGGACCAGUCGUACUGGUUCUCGGGCGCAUCAAGAAGUUGAAGGACAGGGACAUGUUCCGGUACUCCAUGGCGGACCACGACCCACGAGGAAGUUCUGAAUUUUAUGUGCUUGUUUAUCCCUCCAAGUUGAGUUCUGAGAAUAUUCCUCCAGCGCAAUUCCGCCCGGACGACCCUUACUCGAUGCGGAAUACCGCCAACAAGAACAGCGCCUUGCUUUCUUUUAAGACCCUCCAAUAUUUCGACCAGUUCGUCAUGGCUCAUGCCGUCUUCGUCUGCGGCGCCACCGGAACCCAAGGGGGAGCAGUGACCCGCCACCUCCGACAGGCCAGCAUCCCCGUUCACGCCCUUGUGAGAGACCCCAGCAAAGCCAGCCAGCUCAGAGAUAUUGGCGUAACCAUCUUUCAAGGCUCAUACGACGACGACAAAGCCCUACGAGACGCCAUCAAGGGUUGCAAGUCGGCCUUCCUCAACUUCGCCCCCUCUUUUACUGAUCUCGCCGAGGAGCUGCGUCACGCCAAGGCCGUCCUCACCGCUUCUAGGGAUGCCGGAGUAAAGCACAUUGUCUAUUCAAGUUCAUUUGGUCUCGACGAGGAGAAAGUUACACGCCCAGGGCUGGACCCGGACGGGAUUGUAGCCAAGGUCUACAGAAUCAAGAAAGAUAUUAUUCGCGAAGUUGCCGGAUUCGACUCCUACACCAUUUUACGGCCUGCCAAGUUUAUGACCGAUCUGAUCGGCCCCCGAGCGGCCUGGUUCGGAGAUCUCCGUAGGACGGGGAUUUUCGAAACGGCUCUGCGUCGAGGAGAAGCCAGCCCAUACGUUGACCCCGACGAUAUCGGUGCCUUUGCAUCGGCGGCUUUGCUAGACCUGAAGAAAUUUGCGGGGCAUCGGGUCGAUGUAUUUACCGCCAUGUUGACACCCGAGGAGCUCGUCUCCAUGUUGGCUAAGACUACAGAGAAGAAGAUGAGUGUUCGCUAUUUGUCUGACGAUGAGUUGGAAGAGAGGAAGAAGACCAAUUUGUUCCUUGAGGCCCAGAUCACGAUGAGGGAUACGAGUGCGAUGGCCGAUAUGGACUUUGUGAGAUCUUGGGGGGUUCCGUUAGGGUCGUUCCAGGCAUUCUUGGAGAGGGAGAAGAAAGAUCUGUAUGAGACCUAUGUCCAACUUUCCCCCGGACCUUAA